AUGGAAAACUCGAGUAAGUUUCAACUUCAGAGAACUCUUUCUAUUCAGUCCUGCUUCCGGGAACUAAACUGCAUCCCAGCCUCUGACUAUGACCAACAUAAGUAUAUUGGAUUUCUGACUUGGGCCUCUGGUUCAUUAACAUUAGAGCGGACUAAUUCAGCCAGGAACCUUGCAUUGUAUGUGCCUCUGUACCUUGCUGCACUCAAGGGUGAUUGGGAAGAAGCAAAAGAAUUUUUCAAUCUACAUCCUCAAGCAAUAACUGCAAGGAUCACAAACGGAGGGGAAAGUGUUCUGCAUAUUGCAGCAGGCGCAAAACGGAUAAUAUUUGUAGAAGAAUUGGUCAAAAUGAUGGAUCCAUUGGAUUUGGCACUUAAAAAUAAGUACGAAAAUACUGCACUUUGCUUUGCUGUUGCAUCUGGUAUUACAAAAAUUGCAGAGUUAAUGGUAGCAAAAAACAGAUACUUGCCUAUGAUAAGAGGUAUCAAUGGAGUGACAGCCCUACACAUUGCUGCUUUAUUGGGAUACAGAGACAUGGUCUGGUAUAUUUCUUCGGUAACGGAUAGCCAAUUUCUUACCAAAGAGGACUAUGUUGGGCUACUAAUUGCAACCAUUAGCUCUGAUUUAUAUGAUGUUGCUCUGCAUAUACUUGAACAGAAACCAGAACUAGCCAUUGAAAGAGAUCCCAGUGGCGAGACAGCACUUCAUGUUCUAGCACGAAAGACUCCAGCAUUUUCAGGCAAAAGUGAACUAGGAAUCUGGAAGAGAUGUCUUUACCGCUGUGUGAGUGCAAAACUGUUGAACAAGACUGGUCGUACUAGCAACUUCAGACUUCUCAAUGUUGUUAUGAACCUAACAGGAAUCCAGGGAGUUAUUGAGAAAACGCUGAUGCAAUCCCAAGCCCUGGAAUUGGUAAAAUUCUUGUGGAAACAGGUUCUCUUCUUAUUGGAUGAUUCAGAAAUUGGGAAGUUACUCAGAAGCCCUUCACGACCAUUGUUCAUAGCUACAGAAUUUGGAAACUUUGAGUUCAUUAGGGAGCUUCUUCUCUCCUGUCCUGAUCUCAUUUGGAAAGUUGAUGAGCAAAGUCGAAGCAUUUUUGACAUUGCAGUUAUUCAUCGCCAAGAAAAAAUCUUCAAACUUCUUUAUGACAUAGGAGCAUACAAAGAUUUGAUCACAUCCUAUAAGAACCCCAGCAAUUGUAACAUGUUGCACUUGGCUGCAAACUUGGCUCCUUCAAACAGACUUAAUAUUGUCUCUGGUGCAGCACUUCAAAUGCAACGGGAGUUGCUGUGGUUUAAGGAAGUUGAGAAGAAUAUGCUGCCAUUAUACAAGGAAAUGAAAGACUCAGAAGGUAGAACACCCCAAAUGCUAUUUACUCAGGAACACAAGGGAUUAGUAGAGAGUGGGGAGAAAUGGAUGAAGGAUACAGCAUCAUCCUGCAUGCUUGUUGCAACACUUAUUACUACAGUAAUGUUUGCCGCAAUUUUUACAGUACCAGGAGGCAACAACAAUGAUACAGGAACCCCUAUGUUCCUUAAGGACAAGUCAUUUAUAAUUUUCUCCAUGUCAGAUGCACUAGCUCUGUUCUCCUCUGUGACAUCUAUAUUGAUGUUCUUAUCUAUCCUCACCUCGAGUUAUGCUGAAGAAGAUUUCCUUGAGUCUUUGCCGAAGAGGCUGAUUAUUGGCCUAACAACACUUUUCUUUUCGAUAGCAUCAAUGCUACUUGCUUUUAGUGCAAGCUUUUUCAUUGUGGUUGGACAUCAACAUCAACUGGCUUGGAUUAUUAUCCCGAUUGCUCUCACAGCUUGUGUUCCAGUUACGCUAUUUGCGUUCUUACAGUUUCCUUUGUUGGCUGAUGUUAUGCAUUCUACUUAUGGAUCAGGAAUAUUUUCCAUGGAAAGGAACGAAAGGCUUUAUUAGGCUAUUUAUGGCCUGACUACUCUAUUAUGAGAUAACAGAAUAAAGCAAAGGACAUUUCCUGUAAUUGCACUUUUGACUAGUGCAAAUUUUUUUACCAUUUGUGAUUAUUGUUUCAGCUUUUUGUACUUUUUUGGGUUUUGUGAAGGGGUUUUUAUGUUAU